AUGUUCUCCCGAACCGCGCUCGCCAGAGCCUUCGCUCUGCCCUCGGAGCAGCCGUUCCUCAGCACCACGUUCCGCGCGUGCCUCCACCAAGCAACAACCACAGCCUCCAGCACAUCGACAGUGUCGCCAGACAGCCCGCUCAGCGCCAAGCCGCGAGCCCAGUCCUCGACGCCUACACGACAAUCCCCGCCAGCCCGGAAACAGCCCGCGGCGCCGCGGUUCGCCGCCCCGGUCAAGGUGACCAAGUCGCUCCUCGAGAUGCUGCCGCACCUCACCUCGCAGAAACCGCACUAUAUCACCGCGCACCUCCACGCGCGGCCCUUCCUCGUCACCGCGGGCGACCACAUCCGUCUGCCCUUCCUCAUGCCGAAUGUGAAGCCUGGGGAUAUCCUGCGGUUUAACCGGGCGUCGGUGCUGGGUUCGCGUGACUUCACGCUUAAGGGGGCGCCGUAUAUUGAUGAGAGGCUGUUUGAGUGCCGGGUGCGGGUGAUGGGGGUCGAUGCGGAGCCGCUGCGUAUCAAGGAGAAGACGAAGCGGAGGAACCGGCAUGUGCAGAAGGUCAAGAGCAAGCACAAGUAUACUCUUUUGCGGGUGAUGGAUGUCAAGGUUAAGACGGCGGAGGAGCUACUGCAGGAGGGUGCGGUGGUUGUCGAGGGUGAUGCUGAGCAUCAAGUGGAGGUGAAGGCUUAG